GCUUAAAAAGCAGCAGCAACAAGGGUAGUCGCCAUGAAACGACUUUUAAGUCCCAAAACAGCUCGGCAUGCUAGGCUCUUUCGGCUUGCAAACAGCCUAGGGACUCAGAAUGGAGUUCCACAAAGCGAUGGCGAAAAAUUGGCUUGGGUCAAUGCACAUGUGAAGCGAAUGCAAGACAUGGAGUUGUCUCGGGAGGAAGAAACUCUGCGCGAGCGUAUGAUGCCGUUAGAGGUCGGGGACAACGCUGUUGUGACUAACAAUCAGGCCACUCACGGCAACUUGUUCCACUUUCGUGAGUAUCCUAUGUAUCCGGGUGAAUACGUUCCUGCCGGCCACAAUACGCUGUCGUCCUUGCGCGAUGAGCUCCGCAACGAUCUAUCCGCGCAAUCUCUCAAAGAAGCAUGGAUGCGCGUUAGCGGCGGCAUGUAUUUCAAAUCGGUGGAGGAUUAUUACUCUUCAGUCGAUGGUCUCGAUGAAGAGCAACUGGGCGAGAUCGUAUCAGCGCUGCUGCCGGAUCUCCGCAAGUACGAAGCGCAAGCGCUGGUCACCAAAGUUCUGGAGUCGUUAAGCAAGCCAGCGGACUCGCCCUCGCGUCAGCUGAGCCGCACCAUUACCGCAGACGCAGUUGGGCUUGACAACGCCCCGGGGCACUACACUAACUUCCUCGAAUGGAUGGGGCGGAUGACGGAGACGAAGGCAUUCAAAACUGAACACGCGCUGUUCGAAUUCAGCCGGCGAAAGUUCAACAAAGAGGAUGUUAGAGUGAUGUUCGAGAAUUAUAACCUUAUGAGUAAGGCUGCUCUCGAGUCAGACAGCGCAGACAGCUACAGCCACUUCCACACAGUUCUGCAGGACUUCUCGCGCAAGGUUGCGGGCGAAGAUACGCGACACCAAAUCGGUGUUCGUCUUGACCCAGCUGAAGUUGACACUGAAACCGGGAUUGCGGUCGGACACGGGCGUGCGGAUGGGGAGAAGUACGUGUUCACGGCAUUGAUCCGCGAAAACCGCGAUCAUAACGGUUCUGUUACCUUGCUUGGCAAACCUCUCUCCGUUGCAUUUGACGACAAGUCUUGGUUGAUGGAGAUGGUUUUGAUGCCUUUUGAUGAGGCAAAACUGGAUUAUCGCGACUUUGAUGUGAACAUUGUUUCUGAAGGAAAAGCGAUGCCUUCUGUUGCGCACGAGAUUGCUGCAUUUGCGUGCCGAAUGUCUGUGGCGAAUGCUAUUACCAAGCUGCUCCCACUCACACGCAUUCCGUUAAAGAAGUCAGGUUUGUUGUCCGUUGAUCGUCGUCGGGAGCCAGGCCAGUUCCCCGGUUUCGUGGAUGGAAAGAAGAACAAGAGGAGAUUUGCGAAACGCUAG